CCAAUUUCCAAGAAAAGGUUUCGGGGUACGCGGAAACCUGCUCGUGCGAUAACGGCGCAAGAUUUCAUGAAGCAGGUGGAUGCCAUUCGGAAGGCCUCCAUCGGUACACAAAUGAAAGAUUUUGAUGACAGGUUGCGCGCUUAUAUUUUUGGGCUUUCAUCUUCAGUUUUGAAGUCAUUUCUCUCUGAUACUAGCCUUAGUUUCAAUCUCCAAAAACGAGAACAGCAUGUGCUUUUUGAUUUGCUAAAAACUAAGCUUGCCCCUGACGAAAAAGUAAAGCCUAAAAAGAAUGGCAUAAACAUACAGUGUUUCUUUCCUAAUAAAGUUAUGGAGUGCUUAAAAAUUGAAAGCGCUCUUGCCGACGCUAACAAGGCAUUCCCCCUUGCUGGUAGUCGACCUAUGUUGGUAUACAAAUAUCCUCCCCCAUGUAGGUGGAUAUACUCUUACACAAAAACCUGCAGAAGUAGCACCCUUGAUAAGUGGACUAAUAUAAAUUCCUUGCCGUGUUUUUGCAAAAGAAACGAAUUCAGUAAAUAUCGAUCAAUUCCAGGCUCUACAGAUCUACGUGAGCAUGUAAUUACAGGCGACUCGUCGAUUUUAUGUGAGCCCGCUCUAAACAUCGAUGCCAGCCCGGAAGAAGUUUCCAGGCUGGCAGAGAUUGUUUCGAGGGGUGCCAAGUUUCGAUUUCCAGAUGAAGAAUUUUCGCAGCCCGAGGAUGUAGUAGAAAAAUGCAUCCGGUCUCUUUCUUCCGCAUUAGAAACAUGCAAAACGAAACUGAUCGAGAAGAACAAGAAAAGCAUUACUAACGAAAAAGUAAAAGAAGUAGACGCAUGGGCUUCGCAAAUACUGGAGAAAGCUCGGAGUAACACGGGGG